AUGUUGGUUGUCGUCGUUGCUUGGUCCCGCGGUGUGGUGGGCGUUGUCAUGGGCAAGGAAGGUCUGGGCAAGGAACGCGAGUACAACUUCAAGGAGAUUGCUCAGCAAGAAGCGCGCAUUGAAAAGUACAAGGCCGAGGGUCGCGAUGAAUAUGACGUCCGCAAGCAGUACGAGGUGCUCGAGGAGUGCAAGAUGAUGGUUCCCAACACCCAACAGCGGCUUGAAGAGGAGCACAAGAAGCUCACCGAUAUGGUCGUAUGUCAAACAGCUCGGCGCCUUGCUCAUCGCGCCCCUUGCCGCCGCGCUGCCCCCCCACUCACUCUGCCCUUCAACCGCACACCAACCUAG